CAUGUUCGGUUGAGCUUUGAAUGAGGGGCCAUCAUCCCGGCGGCUCGGAGGUGGAAAAUACACUUUAAAGUGUCUCUGGAUGCGUUUAAAAUGAACAAGCAGGCUUUUCUGACAGACACCUGACCGACCGUUCAGCGAGAUUUCACCUCCCUGUCGGGUUUCUUUGGAUGUGCUGCUCUCUGCUCCCUCCCAGCGCAUCGUGCUUCUGAUAUUCCUCAGGACUCAUUAAGACCAAUGCCUUAGUUCUGAUUAAACACCACCCAAAAGUGCAAACAUAGAUUGUGUUUAUAUCGGUUAUUUCCAGCAGGAAUUCAGACCCCGUAUCGUCUCCCCGUUUUCAUUUUAAAGUCGGAUUAAGAGGGGGCAUCAGGACACUCUUAAGUCCACAGAAACAUACACAAGCCACCAUGUCCUCCAUCCUUCCCUUCACUCCCCCCGUUGUGAAACGCCUCCUGGGAUGGAAGAAGACUCCGGCAGGGAGCGGAGGAGCAGGAGGAGGGAUCGGAGGAGUCGGGGAGCAGAACGGGGGAGGGCAGGAGGAGAAAUGGUGCGAAAAAGCUGUGAAAAGCCUGGUGAAGAAGCUGAAGAAGACGGGGCAGCUGGACGAGCUAGAGAAAGCCAUCAGCACGCAGAACAGCAACACAAAGUGUGUCACCAUACCUAGCAAUUGCUCAGACCUUUGGGGUCUCGGCUCAGGCCACACGAUAGAGCAGUGGGACUCUGCAGGCAUGUACGGAUACCAUGACCACAGCAGGUCGCUGGACGGGCGUCUUCAGGUGUCUCACCGUAAAGGCCUGCCUCAUGUCAUCUACUGCCGCCUGUGGAGAUGGCCUGACCUUCACAGCCACCACGAGCUGAGAGCUAUCGACACCUGCCAGUAUGCUUUCAACCUCAAGAAGGACGAAGUGUGUGUCAACCCCUACCACUACCAGAGAGUGGAGACACCUGUGCUGCCUCCGGUGUUGGUCCCACGCCACACAGAGAUUCUGACAGAGCUUCCACCUCUAGACGAUUUCACAAACUCUAUCCCCGAGAACACCAACUUCCCUGCAGGAAUAGACCCUCCUAAUAACUAUAUACCAGACACUCCUCCGCCUGGCUACAUGAGUGAAGACGGAGAAACCAGCGACCAGCAGAUGAAUCAAAGUAUGGAAUCAGGUUCACCAGCAGAAAUGUCACCAAGCACCUUGUCGCCUGUCAGCCACGGCCUCGACCUCCAGCCGGUCACCUACAGUGAACCAGCGUUCUGGUGCUCUAUAGCUUACUACGAGCUGAACCAGCGGGUUGGAGAGACCUUCCACGCCUCACAACCCUCUCUGACCGUCGACGGCUUCACCGACCCCUCCAACUCUGAGCGCUUCUGUUUAGGGCUCCUCAGCAACGUCAACAGAAACGCAACUGUUGAAAUGACAAGGAGACAUAUAGGUCGUGGUGUCAGGUUGUAUUACAUCGGAGGGGAGGUGUUCGCAGAGUGCCUCAGUGACAGUGCCAUUUUUGUCCAGAGUCCCAACUGCAACCAGCGAUACGGCUGGCACCCGGCUACAGUCUGCAAAAUCCCACCAGGUUGUAAUCUGAAGAUUUUCAACAACCAGGAGUUUGCGGCUCUGCUGGCCCAGUCGGUCAAUCAGGGAUUUGAGGCGGUGUACCAGCUGACCAGGAUGUGCACCAUCAGGAUGAGCUUCGUUAAGGGCUGGGGAGCAGAGUACAGACGUCAGACGGUCACCAGCACCCCCUGCUGGAUCGAGCUGCAUCUCAAUGGCCCCCUCCAGUGGUUGGACAAGGUGUUGACCCAGAUGGGUUCCCCCUCAGUGCGCUGCUCCAGCAUGUCCUAAACAGGGUCCUGGUGGGGCCCGUUUACAAAGAGUCCAGCUGACAUUUGAGUGUUUGAACAGUAAAGGAGAGCACCAUGCAGUCUUAAAUGAUGUACAAACAACAAAUAGGAAGAACUGUUCCACCGUGGACCUGGAGGACGAGAGCAUGACAUCUGCAGUGGACAUCAGUGGAAUGUUAGCGGUGACGUGGCGGCGGACCCUUUGGUUCUGUUGGAUCAAGGAGAGUGACGGUGUGUCCGAUGGAGAAACCCAAAGCAGGACGGAGCUUUUCUGUCCUCCCACAGAGCCAGCAGCAGCAGUUCUGGGGCUCCAGCAUGUGACCUUCUCUGUCCAGCCCCUCGUCCAUCCUGCCUCCUCACUACCUACCUACCACAGCACAACUCUGGUUCAGUCAGUAUUUAUGUUUGCACCAGGCUGACCAACAGCAGUACUGCCACUCCAGGCUCAUGUUCAACCAAAGUCAACUUCACGCCUGGACACGAUUUAGUUUUUUCUUUCCUGGUUUUGGUGACCAAACAUCCGUUGUUUUUUUAUUUCUCUACCAGUCACUUCUGUGUUAUGACGGACUUAAACGGUCUCUAAGAACAAAACAGUGUCUUUACUGUAAACACACACACUCUUUUCCAGUCCACACACCAACUAGCUUUGUUUUGGCAAAUAAUCUUCUCUGCGUCCUAAAUGCCAGUUGGUCCAUUUCAGUCAUGGCUGCGACUAAGAACUGUAUGUUUUAUACUUCUGUGAGGAGUUUUCUUCUUAAUGUGUGAUCAAUGACUACCUAGCACAGAUAAUUGGAAUCAGUAAGUUGAGGAAUUCUCAGAGCAAGAGCAUCCGACCUGUGGCCCCAAUGGAACCUUAUUAAAGCUGGGGGGGGGGUUUGGGACGAGGUUAGAAGCAGUCCAGUCUGAAGCCCACUCACUCUGCUUCCCCUCUGCAUGCUCUUGCUCUCUUCCCCACAUUCUACUUGUUAUAUUUUUAUAAUCACACAUGCUUGUUUAUGAGGAGGAGCUCUGUGAAGGACUUGUGGAUAUGAAAGAUGAAGACUAAAUGCGACGUUGCCUACUUCUGUCUAACAGAUGAAGCGGUAAACUCCAAUCAUAGUGUAGAAAAUGCACAGGCCUCUCCAGAUACUUGGACUGAUGCAGUUUUUACCAAUUAAAGGGGAACUUUGGUUUUUUUCAACCUGAGGUCUGUUUCCAUGUCAUUUCAUACAUGUGAGUGAUGGAGAAAUGAAUUUUCCACAUAGCUCCAGUAUUUAGCCAGGCAGGCAGCUUAGCAGCUCAGCUAGCAGCUCAGCUAGCAAAAAGUAUGGGGCAAGAGGCCCCCCCGCGUCAAAGUCCGCCCUAACGUGCUUUUUUCCCCACACUGACCGGCUCAGAUAGUCUCAAUGAGUGUCCCACAACAUACUAGAGAUGAGAAGUGAACGAAAACCUCCACAUUACCUGGCGAUCGCUCUUUGUUGUGGUCUGUAUCCAAAUUUCAGGAUGCUAGAAAGCAAAUCUUGUUCCGAAAUCGCGCGAUAGCUCGCGCCAAAACACCGGUGGGGGAAACAGCUGUUUGCCUCAGGUGAAGAGAGACGAGUGGAGCGAUUUUGUGUCGGAUUACAGAACAGUUAGUUUUUUCUAAACCUGCUAAAACUAAUGGGUCGUCAGUGCACAUUUCCGAGUUGUGGCAACAGAAUGGUGCGCUACACUUCGCGCAGCUUUCACAGACUACCGUACUCGGAGAAGGAAACGCUAAAGUUGUGGCUAAACGUUUUACAAAUGGACCCUGAAACUCCAGUUGAUGCACUUCGACGUAAAAACUUCGGUAAUCCGACACAAAAUCGCUCCACUCGUCUCUCUCCACCUGAGGCAAACAGCUGUUUCCCCCGCUGGUGUUUUGGCGCGAGCUAUCGCGCGAUUUCGGAACAAGAUUUGGAUACAGACCACAACAAAGAGCGAUCGCCAGGUAAUGUGGAGGUUUUCGUUCACUUCUCAUCUCUAGUAUGUUGUGGGACACUCAUUGAGACUAUCUGAGCCGGUCAGUGUGGGAAAAAAAGCACGUUAGGGCGGACUUUGACGCGGGGGGGGAAGUUGCCCCAUACUUUUCGCUAGCUGAGCUGCUAGCUGAGCUGCUAGCUGAGCUGCUAGCUAAGCUGCCUGCCUGGCUAAAUACUGGAGCUAUGUCGAAAAUUCAUUUCUCCAUCACUCACAUGUAUGAAAUGACAUGGAAACAGACCUCAGGUUGAAAAAAAACGAAGUUCUCCUUUAAUGAGGCUUUAUUGAUAGGAAAAGUCUCCCGAUGUGGGACUUUAAUUUAUAGAAAUGACUUCUAUACUUUACUUGCACUCCCUCAAAUUACGCACCCUUAAGAAAAUUGCCUUUGAUGUAAAAUAAAAGAUGAAAGAUAUGCUGUAGUUUGUACAGAUAGAAAGUGUUGAAGAGCCCAGUAGAAUCUGAGAUGAUUACAGAAGAAACGCCCCUAUUUUAGAAUACUCCCUGUAAAGAUUUCGGUCUUUAAAUUGGCUUAUUAAAGAGUGUCUGAAGCAUUUGAUUGAUUUAAAAGCCAGCUGGUACCUCUAUUGGUAUUUCAGAUGAAGAUAUCUAAGCUUUAAGUAUUAAACAAGCUAGUUAAUGCUCCACAAUUAUUUUUCUUUACACAUUCUUUUAGCUACGUUUUUGUAUUUUUUAUAUAUGAAUAUAUUUAAAACCUUCAAAGCUUUCUUCCUUUUUAUUACAAUCCAAUGUUUUUUUUUAGAAUAUACCCUGUGUUUGAAAUGAUCACAGCUUGAUGAUUUGUGACGUGUAUGUAGCAUAGGAUAGAACAUUUUCACACAGUUUUACCACUGAAAGCAGUUUUUUUUUUUUCAUGAUUGUGUGCUCGGUGAAUGAAAAGCUCUCCUUAUUCCUUCAAAACAGAAUUCGGUGAGGGGAUUUUAUCAGCUGUUAUAUAUAAAAAAAAAGGUAGUUUCUUACCUUAUUGGAACCUUUUUUUGUCAGCUCUGGGGGUUUGACCAAAGAUUGAUUGAAGGUAUUGGAUUUAUUGGCUUGACUGUAGUAUUUAAAAUGUUGGUUCAAGAUGAAUAUUUCACAGGUGCACACCGUAAGAACAUGAAGGUGUUUAAAUGACUGACUUUUUGCGUAUUAGUUCUAGCAGCCGGGUGAUGCAGUAUUAUGCUCGGCACCGCAGCAGCCGGUGUUCAUUCAGAUAUCUGUAGUUGAAAGGUGAACUUGUUGAAUUCGGACUUACUUUACCGACCCAGGACAUUCCAGUUUCAGAACUUGCACACGGUUAAUUUUGUGUUUACAUGCACUCGGUUAUCCCUCUGUACUGUAUUCCUCACCACCUGCCAGCGUUUCACACACGAUGUUCCCGUGAAAAGUGAAAGAUUUUAAGCGGGACAUGUAAAUAUACGUUAACGGGACGAGGUUCGGAUUCGCCUCGGCGUCACAUUCCAGUUUCACUUUGUUCAAACCGACAGCGGUCCUCGGCGUGCACAUGAACACGUUUUCUACUUCAUUAUUCUCUCCUGACUGAUGUGGGGGGGGGUUGUACAUUUACCAAUUAGCUGUAGAACACCAAAAUGAAAGGUUGAUGAAGUUUGUCACAUGAGGGCUGAGACAUGAAGUCCAGAAAUGCUGUUGUUUUAAUCAUAAAGUCAGCCUCCUGCAGAGACUUGUAGAGAGCACAGGUUUGGUGGAUUUUAGAGGCUCUCGAUAAAACGCCGUCCUGCAGGAGAGCCGGUCUUUAUGUUGGUUUGACCCAAGGAAAUCAUGAACUUUUUAAGGAAAAGUGUUUCCUUCAUUCACUUGUAAGCAGACUGAAAGCAGCCACAUGCAGUGAUGUUUGUGUCUAGAUAUGUUCUCUGUCUGUUCACCUGUCUUGUAUUUUUGCUGUCUUUUUUUUUUUUUUCAUUUAACAGGGAAAAUGUAAACUGGAUCGUUGUUUUCACUGAAGCAGAACUGUAGUGUUUCCUGUUUGUUCUAUGCAGAGACAUGAAUCACUUCCCUUUAUCAAACAUACAUCGUGUCUUUUCUGAUGGCUGCUCACGCCGUCUUGUGCAUUUUGCCAGGAUCCAGCAAAAGCCUUCGGUCUACUUUUUAAUCUCUUCCUUUCUCCCUCUUGCUACCCAACAUUUCACCCUAAAACCUGCCAGAUCUUCUCCCCUUCUGAAGGAAACCAGACGAGGUUUCAACGCUUUGUGAAGGUCCACAUUCCUCUGCAGAUCACGGGUUGUGUUUUUCUUAUCGUGAUGACCGUUGUCUCCCCAGAUGAGCCUCCUUCUGGUGGCUUUGUGAAGACAGUAAAGUUCCUACAUGUCACUAGUGAUGUUCUGUAGUUGUACUUUUUAUUUGACCAUCCAUGCUGUUCCUCCAUUAGACGACCGUCUGUUAGGGUUUCUGUCUUCUUCAAACGCUGAUGAUCUUCAUAGGCUUUCCAGCUAUCCUACAUAUACGACUUCUUACAGUGUACACUAAUAAAGCUGUUUUAAUUCAA